GUCCUUUUAAGCCCUUUAAGUGUUCAUAUUCUUCAUUACUUUUCUCUUUGUUCCUCAAACUUCCUGGAGAAUUGGGUAACCAACUUUUCUUUUCUGGGAACAUUUGAUUCUGUUUGGAGUAAUUUUGAAGGCUGGGUUGAGAUGGAAGAGCGUUAUGAGCCACUGAAGGAACUUGGGUCUGGGAAUUUUGGAGUUGCGAGAUUAGUCAAAGAUAAGAAGACCAAGGAGCUUUUUGCAGUCAAAUACAUAGAGAGAGGGAAGAAGAUCGAUGAAAAUGUUCAGAGGGAAAUCAUUAACCAUAGGUCUCUAAGGCAUCCCAAUAUUGUUCAGUUCAAGGAGGUCCUCUUGACACCCACACAUCUAGCUAUUGUCAUGGAAUAUGCAGCUGGUGGUGAACUCUUUGAGAAAAUAAGCAGUGCUGGCCGCUUGAGUGAGGAUGAGGCUAGAUUUUUCUUCCAGCAGCUACUAUCCGGAGUCAGCUACUGCCACUCUAUGGAAAUUUGUCACAGGGACUUGAAACUAGAAAAUACACUCUUGGAUGGUAAUGCUACACCAGGUCUUAAAAUAUGUGACUUUGGAUAUUCCAAGUCUGCCAUAUGGCACUCACAACCCAAAUCGACAGUUGGAACACCAGCAUACAUUGCUCCAGAGGUCUUGUCACGAAAGGAGUAUGAUGGAAAGAUAGCAGAUGUCUGGUCCUGUGGUGUGACAUUGUAUGUGAUGUUGGUAGGAGCAUAUCCAUUUGAGGAUCCUCAGGAUCCUAAAAAUUUCAAGAAGGCCAUCGAUAGAAUAUUGAAUGUUCAGUAUUCCAUACCCAACUAUGUAAAUAUCUCUACUGAUUGCAGGCACCUCCUCUCUCAAGUUUUUGUUUCUAAUCCCUCAAAGAGGAUUACCAUUCCAGAGAUAAAAAAGCAUCCUUGGUUUCUUGAGAACUUGCCAGGAGAGCUGAUUGAAGGUGAGAAAAACUAUGCGGAUACAGACCACGAUCAAUCCUUCCAGAGUAUUGAAGAAAUAUUGAAGAUUAUAAAGGAGGCAAGGAAACCAGAGGAAGGUUCCAAAUUUGAAGAUCAUUCUGAUGUUGGGGCAGUAGAACUUGAAGAAAUAGAGGCUGAUGUUGAAUCUGAAGUCGAAAACAGCGGUGACUUUGUAACCUCUGUGUGAUCACAGGCCAUACCAAGAAACCUCAGUAUGAGAGAUGUGUGCAUCUGUAGCAUUUUGUAGUGUUGUAGUAUAUAACAAGUGGAUUGUAUAUUGUUGCCUGUACUGUACAGAUGAAUUUAUUUUUAAUAUUCUUUCUUCUUUCUUUU